CAAAUAAUUUUGUAUUACUUAUUUUAAUAACAGACAAAUAUUUGGCACCAGACACGUAAUUUUAUUCUGCACAUGAUCAAAUCAUAAUGUCCAAUUUUGGUAAUCACGUGCCAUCAUUAAUUGCGCAACACCAGCAGAGAAGCAAAUUCAUAUUCGCUACAGCAGUCAAAUGAAAUGCAUUUUGCAGGAGGUAAACAGACACGUGAUGUUUGUGACUACAUAAGACAAAUCCAUAAACACCAUAAGCCAUGGUAUGUCAGUAAUGCGUGUUGGCUUUUGGUCAUGCGGAAGGUUUUCUCCAGCAAUCAAAAGUGUCAGGAUCUGUAUAGUCCACAAUCUGCAGGCGUUCGUCAAUGCAAGUAUCGCUCGCUCCUCCACUUGAACAUUUGCACAUGUUGGCAUACAAUAUUCUUAGAGGUACAUGUCAAUUUCUGCCCUUGGUCACAUGACUGGCGCUCUCUGCAAUGGAUGGAGAUGGAUCUCCACGUCAGCUCACGUCUCAAAAUUUCUGCUCCGCGGAUCUGCUUCAAAGCCACUGAAGCUGAAGCACUUCUGUACAACGAUGCGAGGCAGCACUAUGGUAGUGGUGUGCCCAACCAAGUGUCAUGAUGGAUUUUGAUGAGCGGGUAUCCGUUGGGUCUAACAUGUAUUUACCCAGCUGCACAUAUUACGUAUCUGGAACGGAAUUUUCUAGUCUUCCUCCUUUUCUUACCCAGACCCCGUCUUCUUGCCCCAUGACAUACUCAUACUCCACGUCUAAUCUGCCACAGGUUCAGACCGUUAGAGAGGUGUCUUUCAGGGACUAUGCCAUUGACACGUCCAGCAAGUGGCACUCCAGGGGCAAUCUGCCACACUGCUACGCGACAGAGGACAUGGUGCACAGGGACUGCCUGCCCAAUCCUGGAACUUUGGGGGACAUGUUGUCGAAAAACAACUCGGUUCUUUACCACUCCAACACGAGCCACACAUCCAACGUCUAUGGCAGCGUAGGGAGAAACGGAGUGCUUCCCCAAGCAUUUGAUCAGUUUUUCGAGACAGCGUACGGGAAUGCGGAAAAUCAGUCGACAGAGCAUCCGGUGGACAGAGCGACUAGCAAGGCGCUUCCACCCGCGGAAUCGGGAAGCGACAGCUGCCGGGGAACGGAUGAGCCGGAGCGGUGUGAAGAGACGAGCAGUCCCGAGUCAUCUUCUGGAAACAACGAGGAAAAAAUCAGCGGCAACGGCAAUGGACAGAAGACACGAAAAAAGAGAUGUCCUUACACCAAGUUUCAGAUCAGAGAGCUGGAAAGAGAAUUUUUCUUCAGUGUUUACAUCAACAAAGAGAAAAGGCUACAGCUUUCCAGAAUGCUUAACCUCACCGACCGCCAGGUCAAAAUAUGGUUUCAAAACAGAAGAAUGAAAGAAAAGAAACUAAACAGAGACCGUUUGCAGUAUUACACCACGAACCCUUUGCUUUAGACCGUCUAAUGCGAAGAUGGUACAUUUCAAGUUCGUGGAUGCACAUUCCGGCUCCAAGGCUGCUGCGAGACGAGAUGUGACCUUCAUUCCUCUGACAGACUUUCAUCAAAAUAAAUUCGUAUUCUCUAUAUCUUUACAGUUGAAAAAGACUCCUCCAUUAUUAUUAUUAUUAUUAAAAUAUUAACUUCACUGUAAAAAAAUCUGUAGAAAUUACAAUGUU